GCUCCCGUUAUCCCGUAGCAGAAUUUGCGACGAUGAACGGUUUUAUACGGGACCGGCAGUUAUCCUAUCAAGAAGCUGACCGACAGAGUACCGCACAGUGGCGCACUCGGUCCCGUUGUAUAUUAGAUCCCAGCUGUGAAUAUUUCAUCAUGUAGUCUGCCUGAUCGAUUGACAUUUGCAAUUCUGCUAGCUGCACACCAUCCUCAAAACAACAUCCCUCUUAGCUGUUCUGCGAUUAUGACUUUAUGAGUGCAUUAUUGUUUUCCCGUCACAUGCUCUUACUCUCAAACCUAGCGUGUACUCCCCUCUGACCUGCCGAAGCUACACUUUAUUUUAUUACAUUUCAGCGGAAAACAUUAGUGUCAACACAUGGAACAUACGGAAACUCGUAAAACAGCGGUGGAUAGUGCCGCUGGCCGCACGUAUACCAGUAUGGAGACCGAAACAGUGAUUAAAGAUCAGCCUGGAUCGACGUAUGAGGCCCUCCGCGAACACGACAACCAUUCCCCUACUUCUUCCCACCAGUCAUCCUUCCAAGAAAAGCAGACUGUAUACACGCACACGGACGCCCGCAAACCCAGUUUGGGCAAUGUCCAACCUGUCGUCAUAUCCACCGCCACGGGGCUGGCCCAGGAAAUUGUGGCCGACGGAUUUCAGGCGUCGGCCGCUAGUGUGCAUGUUUCAGCCGGAUCCGCCGCCACCAUCACCGAAUCGCCACAAACCUACGAACUGAAACUCCGAGAUCUCGAGCAUUAUCGCCGCGAACAGGAAUCCAUUGCCCGAAAGUAUGAGAAGGAAGUGGAGAAGCUGACGGAAAAGUACCGCAGAAAGACGGAAGCCGAAGCGGAAAAGAUCCGGAAAGAACUGGAGAAGCAGCAUGCCCGCGAUGUGGAGUUUCGUGAGAAGUUGGUGCAGGAAGCAGUGGCGCGUCAGAAAGAGGAGAUCCUCCUGGAGGCUAAGUACGCUGCGAAGGAGUUGGAGCGACAACGGACGCUGGCGAUGGAAGCACUGGAGCGGAGUCGUCAUCAUGCCAACAUCCAAGUUAAUCUGGACACCGUGGCCGGACAUACGGUCAGCGAAACUCAGAAUAUUGUCACGCACUAUCAGUCACACGACAGUAUCGGGGCUGAUCACAAAUCAAUCGGUGCGAAGAUCAAGGAAGCCAUCAUGGGCAAACACGAGUAAAAGAUGGAAAUCGUACACCGAGUCGACAGUCUUCAGGUCUCUCGGCGCGGACGACAAAGAGAAAUCUUUUGGCGAAACUUUUGCAACGUGUAUACAGCUUACCGAUUUUGUGUAAUUAGUACUAAAUUAAAAAUCGUUACUGCCAGUUUCAUUCAGUGAGAACUGUAAAUUCUGCUACAAUUUGUACAGAGUUACAUACCCUGCACUACUUUGUCUGCAUGAAUUUUUUCCGCUUACGUCUGUGUGUUCCACGAUAAUCUGCGACUGCAGUUACCAUGAGCAAUUGUUGCCGCUGAUGUGUCCGUUUUGUCGACAUCUUUAGUAAGGCUGUCGAAACUCUUUGUAUGUUGUAACAUUUAGCUCAUCAGCAGGUGCUCGUGACGACCUUUGAAAAUUAAUGUUGUUCUGAACUUGACCGAAGCUAUCUAUACUAGGUACACUGUAUUUAUAGAUUAUACUAAAUUAGAA